AUGUCCCUCAGACCCACACAGACCCAGACGCUGGUCCACCUCCUCUCGUAUCUCAUGAUGAAGAUGCAGCACUCGUACUCGCUUCCCCAGAGCAGAGUCCAUGAGAUCGUGCUGUCGCUGAGCACCCUGGCCUCACAGCUGAAGGGUCCAGACUCACAGCACAACAGAGAAGGUCUCGGUCAGCACACGUUCUUCGAGGAGCAGUUGAAGUGGUGUGGCGUGUUCCAGACCCUGUUGCUGUGA